AUGUCUUCUAUCUUGCGUACCUCUGCUGCUUCCAAGUUGGACUGGGUCAAGGUGAUCUCCAACCUGGGUUUGACUGGUCAAACCGCUGCCUCUUUGACCGCCUUCAAGAAGAGAAACGACGAGGCCCGUCGUGUCGUCUUGGAGCUCUCAAACCAGCCAACCGACGUUGACUUCUCCCACUACAGAUCCGUGUUGAAGAACCAGGCCAUUGUCGAUCAGAUCGAGAAGGAGGUUAAGGCCUACACCCCAGUCAAGGCUGAUAUCUCUAAGCAGUUGAAAUCCCUCGAGGCAUUCGAGGCCAAGGCUGUUGAGAACGCCACUGCCACCGAGUCCGUUGUCUCCAAGGAAUUGGCUGACUUGGAGAAGACCUUGCUCAACAUCAACGCUGCCAGACCAUUCGACGAGUUGACCGUUGAGGACGUUGUCAAGGCCAGACCAGACAUUGACGAGAAGGUUGAGCUCUUGGUCAAGAAGGGUAUCUGGACCGCCCCAGGCUACAAGGAGAAGUUUGGUGACUUGACCGUUAUGUAAUAGUCUAACAACUCCUCGGCAUUAUAUUCAAAUUC